AUGGGGCGGCGCGAGGAAGAGCCCGAGGCGGGUCGUCGCCACGGCCGCCACAGGGGGUCCCCGAGCCCCGCGCGCGGCGAGAGCGAGGAGGAAGCCAUCCGCAAGCAGCUGCGCGAGUCUGGCUGGAAGAAGCGCCGCGCCGACAGCGUCAGCACCGCGGACGGAGAGGCCUCGCGCGACAAGGACAAGCCCAAGGACCGGGCCGACAAGGGCUCCCCAAGGCCCGCGGACGAGCGCCGCAGCUCCAGGUCGUCGCGCAGCACCAGGCGCUCGCGCUCUCCGCGGCGGCGCGACCGGGAGCGCCGCAGUUCGCGCAGGAAGUCGUCGGGCAGUCGUCGCCGCUCGUACUCGCGCUCGCGUUCGCCCGCGUCGCGCUCCCGCUCCCGCUCGCGCUCGUCGGGCAGACGUCGACGGCGCCACGCGUCGUCCUCGAGGAAGCGGCGGUCGUCGCGCUCGCCGUCCCGCAGCAGGGACGCGCGCGAGUCCAAGCGCUCGCGGCGCUCGACGAAGAGCAGUCGUCGCUCGCGCUCUUGCUCGGGAUCGCCGCGCUCGCCGUCCCGAUCUUCUCGUCGUCGUCGCCACCGCCGCAACUCGUCGUACUCGCGCUCGAGAUCCCCGUCUCGCAGUCGACGCGCGCGACGCGGAGGAUCACGCUCACGCUCGCGCUCCCCGAGGGACAGGCGCUCGCCGGCCGAUCCGAGCUCUGGCGUGAACCCGACGAUCACGCAGCUGAUGGCCCAGUACCCGACUAUGAGUCUCCAGGACAUCAUUGCCAAGAUGCAGGCGUCAAACGUGACGAUGGCGGCUGCAGUGGCCCAGAAGCCGGCGCGCGAGCUGUACGUCGGCAACUUGCCGCCGAACGUGACGGGUCCGCAGCUCCAGGAGUUCCUGAGCACGAUCAUCCAGCAGGUGGGGCUCACGACACAGCCCGGCAACCCCAUUAUCAACACGUGGAUCUCCACGGACGGCCACUUCGCCUUCUGUGAGAUGCGCUCCGUCGAGGAGUGCAACUUGGCGCUACUGCUGAACCAAUUGUCGCUGCUGGGUCAGCCUUUGAAGUUUGGUCGCCCGCGCAGCUUCAUGGGUCCGCCCCAGCCGAUGCCCCAGAUCUCGGCGCGGACGCAGACCGCACUCACAAACUUGGGCUGCACUCCGAACCCGGCCUGGUUUGCGCAGCCUGCUGUGCCGAGUCUUGAUGAAGCCGCCGCUGCACCAGUGGGAGACUCUUCGACCUUGGCGGGGGCCACCGCGGCUGCAGUUGCAGCGGCGCAACCCGCUGUACCUGCGGUGGCUAGUACGACGGUUGAUGCCUCUUUAUCCGCCCACCGCCUCAUCAUGUCGAACAUUCCGGUUGUGUUGACGGAGGACCAAGUGAAGGAGCUGGUGGAGCCUUUUGGAGCGCUUAAAAGCUUCACGCUGGUCAAAGACACGGCAACGGGGGCGUCUAUGGGCAGCGCCUUGUUCGAGUACGAGGACGACAGUGUCACCGCGCAAGCUGUGGAGGGUCUGAACGGACUGAGCAUUGGCGGCAUUCUGUUGUCGGUUCAAUGCCAACCAGCAAGCGGCGCGGCCCUUCCAGCUGCGCCGGGUGCUACCCCCAAUUUCGAGGACCAACCGAGUGCUGUUCUGAAAAUGGCGAAUAUGGUUUCUAUCGACGAACUAAGGGAUGACGACGAGUAUGCUGAUCUUGCUGAAGAUGUAGAGGAAGAGUGCAAGCGCUUCGGAAACGUGACUGGCUUGGAAAUCCCGCGUCCCAAGGAUGGCGAAGAGGUCCCCGGUCUGGGCUGCAUCUACGUCCGUUUUGAAGAGGAGAAGAAUGCGGUUGAUGCUUUGAAGGCCUUGAACGGACGCAAGUUUGGCGGUAACAUCGUCAAGGUGACCUACUUCCCCCUGGACAAGUUCGACAAGCAGGAGUUCUCCUGA